UUGAUUGUUGCAGACACAAAGUGCACAAAAUACGAAGAAUAGAACAAAACUUAAAGUCUCGCAUGCCGGUGGUAGCAAAAGUAAUGCAAGGAGAGGUCGUCAAAUGGAGCAAAAAUUGGGAAGGCCUGUGUGCCGAAGUGAAGUUGUAUUGUCAACUUUACUGAAAAAGAAUGGUAAUUAUGUGAAUGAAGAAGGGAAGAUUUUAGCUGAUAAAAUAUCGGAGCAUCUACCUGAAGAUCAAGAACAUGCUGCUACUUUAGGUGUUCUGUUGAAGAUAUUGGCUCAUCCCAAUGACGCCAUUGGAAAAGUGUAUGGAGUUGAACAUUAUGGUCGUGUGCGUGGUAUAGGUGGUAAUGUUUGUCCUUCUGAUGUUUUUGGGAUGCCUAGACAUUCAAUUAGUCAUGCAAAUGUCGGCAAUUUCAGUAAUACGUCUCAUCAACGUGUUGAAUACCUAGAGAAACAUGUAGAAACUUUGGAAGAGAAGCUGACUGGAUAUGAAGAGACCAAGGAAAAGCUUGAGGAAACCAAGAAACGACUUGCACAAAAUGAGAAUCACUUGGAAACUCUUCAUAGGUUUUUACUAGCCAAAUUUGGUAAUGAAUUGCCUAGUUUCAACAUAGAUUCUUCUUAG